CUCCCUCGGCCACUUUUGCUUCCGCGUCUCCCGAACUGCGCCCAGCGGGGCCAGCGGAGCAGCGCUAUGGCUCCAGUGCUGGGGCUGGGGGCGCUCCUGGCGCUCCUGGGGGUCUCGGGGGGGCAGCCCGAGGUUCUCCACUCCCUGCGUUACCUGACUGUGGCGGUGACAGAGCCCAGCCCAGGGAUCCCUCAAUACCUGUCCAUGGGAUACGUGGAUGGGAUCCCUAUCACACGCUACGACAGCGAGCGGGGCCGGAAGGAGCCGCUGACGCUGUGGAUGGCGGCUGGAGCCGAGCCGGGAUAUUGGGAUAGAGGGACCCAGAUCAAUGAGGGGAACCAGCUCAUUGCUGCCGCCAACCUGGAGAGAGUGGGGGGCCGGUACAACUGGAGUGGGGGUCUCCACACAAGGCAGCGGCUUUAUGGCUGUGACCUCCUGUCCGACGGGAGUGUCCGCAGAACCCUUCGAAUUGGCUACGACGGGCGGGAUUUCAUCUCCUUCUCCCCGGAGACCGGGACCUUCGUGGCGGCCGAUGGAGCUGCCCAGAUCACCCAGAGGAAAUGGAAAUCUGAAGGGUAUGAGGCUCUUCAGCACGAGCUGGCACAGAGUUGUGCGGAAUGGCUCCAGAAAUAUGUCAGAUACGGGCGGGAGGCACUGGAGCGCAAAGAUCCCCCCAAUGUCCACGUGUCCGGGAAAGAGGAACACGGGAUCCUGACGUUGUCCUGCCACGCGUACGGAUUCUACCCCGGGAUGAUCGUGAUCAACUGGCUGAAGGGGGAUGAACUGCAGGAUCAGGAGACGGAGUGGGGCGGGAUCGUUCCCAACAGCAACGGCACCUUCUACAGCUGGGCCAGGAUCGAGGCGCUGCCGGGGGAGCGGGAGCAGUACCGGUGCCGGGUGGAGCACGCCGGAAUGCCGGAGCCCGGGAUCUUUGCCUGGGGUGAGAGCCGGAAUCCAUCUGGAAUUCCAGCCCGGUGUUGGUGGCUGUGUCCAUCAUCGCUGCCAUCAUCAUCAUCGGCCUCGUGGGAGUCGGUGUCUGGAAGCUCCGAUCCGGGAAGAGGGAGGGGAAUGGAUACGACCCCGCGCCCACCAGUGAGUCCCAGCAGCGUGUGUGGAUCCAGAUCCUCUGGGCAGGGAUCCCAGGAUGGAUGCCGGGAUUCCAGAGGGGAAUGGGGGCCUAAUGGCUGGAGCGGGAUUGGAAGGGGAUUCCAGCUCAGGGCAGGAUUCCAGAGUGGGAUCAGGUGGAAUUGUGGACUGGGAUCAGGGCUGGAUUGUGGAGUGGGAUUGGGGUGGGAUGGAUGGAGUGGGAUUGGGGUGGGAUGGACAGAGCAGGAUCAGGAGGGAUUCCAGAGCAGUUCCUACUCUCCCUGGGCUCCACAGCCGGCUCCAUCCCCUGGGAUGGGAACAGGGACAUGGUGACUCCUUUCCCCACUCUC